UAAAAACGGCAAUAAAAUGUCCCACAUCACUGAUUUAGACAUUUGAAACAGGACAAGGCUGCUUUUUUAUAAUAUAAGCAGUAACAAGCCAAAAAUGUUGGGAAAUGUUGCUAUGAUAUAGUAUAUUAUUAUAACUAUAUUUGUUAAAUAUCUUUAACAAUGCCAUUUGUAUGAUUAUUAUAUUAUCUGACCUGAUAUUCUGCCGCAAAUUGUAUCAAUAGAUCAUUUUCAAAAUCUGGGAGUCACUAGCACAUCAAUAAAUUUUAGAUUGGAUUAUGCGCGGUCAUUGGUGGGUAUGAAGUGGAAGGAAAGUUUGGGACUGUCGCUUUAAGAAGAAGGCGGAAUCUGUUCCCAGCCUGCCGGAAGUGGUGCAUGACAACUCUUGUCAACCUGAACAGAUGCAUUAGAAGUUCAAGAGUUUUACCCAUACCGUUGUUAUAAUCUCUAUUGUCUUUGUGUUCCUACCGUUAAGUUUUUUUUUCGCUUGUUACAUUAAGUCUGUGUAAAAACAAAAACUAUAUUUUGUGACAUUGGAGGACACAGGAAGGAACCUGGCAACGCAAGCUGUCACUUCCCGGCGCGGGAAAAUCGUAAACAACACACACGGCAGAAGAAGAAGUCCUUUAAUGCAGUUUUCAAACAUGCUAGUUAUGUACUACACACGUGAUAUUUUCCUCCGGUAAAGUUGUUGUAACUUUUAAAAACCAUUUGCUGGUAAAGUCAGAAAAACUGCUCACAGUAACGCUUAUAAUGUUAGCUAAGUAUCGUGUCGCUCUAACGUUAACUUUCCCCUGUUAGACAUUAUGUUGGACAUUAUUUACGUAGUGAAUUAAAGGUAAAUAACGGUAGUUAAAUCUGUAAGUCAAGGAGUCUCGACCCUGUGGUUAACCAUACCAUGGAUCGCUACAACGAGGUGAAACUUCUGCUGAAAAACUGGGAGAAGGAGUUUGUCAAACAGCACCAGAAGAAACCCAACAAGGAGGACAUUGAUCAAGCUCCAGAGGAGACCAGGAAGCUGUACAAAGAAUAUCGGAGUCUGAAACAAGCCAAAGAAAACAGCAGUGAUGCAGCCAGCAGACAUGUUGAAGAGUCCAGAUUUACACCUGAGGUCAACGCGGCCCAGAAGGAGUCAGACUGUUGGGGUGCCCAUCUGAACCGUAGUGCACAGUCUGCAUCGUCUCCCAGACUGACACCCCAGGACAGAGACAGUCUUCAGUCCUCUGCCCAAUACUAUGGCCUAAAGCUUAAAAACAACCUGUCUAUGCUCAGUAAGGAGAGACCUGUUUCACUGAAGAAAGUGACCCUCUCUGGUCGGGUGCCUCUAAAUUCCUUGAAAGAUUUACAAACUGGACAGACAAACCCUCCAGCUGCUGCUGCUGUCAUUAAGAACGCUUCCACUGACUCUGAAUCCAGCACUUUCUCACAAAGAGUCAAGACUUGCCCGGGGUCCCUGCCUUCAUCGACACAGCAUUCAGAAGAGCCUGAAGAUCAGUUUGAACCUUUUGAACCUAUCAGAGAGUCUUGUGAAGAACCUGCAGGCGCUGACAGCAGUUUUAGUUGUAGCAGUAGUAGUAAUACUGAGAGUAAGAAUAGUAAAAUGAUUAAAUCACAAAAUCCAAAUGCUUUUAGUCUGUCUUCCUCUCCAACCAGAUCUUCUGCCCUGUUGUCAUCAUUAUCUUCUCCAGGCAGAGUAGGAAUUCCAAGAGGUGAUGUGGAGUUCAGAGGAAGCCCACAUAUUGCUAGAGGCUUCAGAGGAGGAAUAGCAGGUAGAGACAUUGGAGGAAGGCCCUCUCCUGCCACCAGGCUGAGUUCUAUCGACAAGAAGUGGCUAGAGAGGUGUCAGGUGUUUGGAGAGAUGGAGGCUGAGGUGAAGCCUGGAGCAGGCAACCAGGAUAUCAGUCAGGACAAAAGAGAUGAGAGAGAAAGGGAAACGGAAACAGAAGGAAAAAUUGAAGGUGAUGAAAGAAUUGAAAAAGAAGAAAUAGACACAGAGCGAGCAAAAAGAGAAGCAAUAGACUUGAGAGGAGAUGAUUGGUUUAAAAGCGUUACGACUGAUAACAUGGUCAGCGAUGGUGCACAGAAACCUCCCUGGCAACACACUAGAAACAGCAGCAGAGGAGGGGAAGCAAAAGUGAACAAGAGGGGAAGUGAAGAUAUGGAAAGUGGUCUAACGCCCGCUGCAGCGCCAGAAGACGACAAUGAAACCAGUCACAAAUCCAAAGGCACAAAGAAAAGAGGUAGGAAAAGGCAGAGAGAGGGAGAGAACAUGGAGGGAGAGAUGACAGAGGAGGGAGGAGUGAAGAAGAGGCGUAGGAAUGGCAAAAAGAAAGAGGAGAACUCUGUAAACCCCAGCCAGACUCAGGAAGGAGGGAACAAAAGGAGAACCAAGAAAAAGGGAGAUGAAGACACAGAGGGUGAACAAGAGAAACAAACCAAGGUAACAAAAAAGGUUCCUCAGGAGAACUUGUUAGGAGAAAUAGAGGAGGAAUUUGAAGCCAAGAGAAGGUAUCACACUCCACCUGUCAGAACGAGAAGUGUGAAAGGCGCAGAGGGUAACUUUGUGAAGAUAAAUCUGAAGAAGAAAUCUCAUGUCAAAGGAUACGCACUCAGAGGUGUUGGUCUACGGAAACAGUUGUACAUGCAGAAGUUCCAGCUGAAAGGCGAACGUUUUGGUGGAGGUGGUGGAUAUUUUGGCAGAGGAAGGAGGGGUGGAUUCAGAGGAGGGCUCAGUCGCCAGGGUGACACCUGCUACAAGUGUGGAGGGACCGGACACUGGGCCAUCGACUGCAAGGGACGAGCCCCUCCUCCUCCCACUCCUGAAGACCUACCUGCUGAUGAGGUGCCGUUUGAACUGCCCACCCUGGAGGAGGUUGCCAGGGCAACGGGGACGCUGCGGCCUGACUCGCUGGUUGCAUCUCCCAGAAUCAGCGAGAAGCAAGACUACCAAGAAAAGGAGGGCGACAGUAACCAUAAAGACGAGGUGUUGCUGAACGUGAUCCGUCCUGACUAUGAGCGUCCCGCUCCUCCACCUCCAAUGGAACCUCUUUAUGAUCUCAAAGAUGAUGGGAAAAUCCGGGAAGCGCCUCCUGAGGUGUACGCAGCUCUGAGAGACCUUGGCUAUCAGUCAUUUAGAUCUGGACAAGAAGAAGCCAUCAUGAGGAUACUGUCAGGUCUCUCUACCCUGGUAGUGUUGUCCACAGGGAUGGGCAAAUCAUUAUGCUACCAGCUCCCAGCCUACCUGUAUGCACAGCGAUCAAAAUCUAUCACUUUGGUCAUUUCACCUCUAGUCUCACUAAUGGAUGACCAGUUGUCUGGCUUGCCAGGCAAUCUGAAGGCAGCCUGUAUCCACUCCAACAUGACUAUGAAACAGAGGGAAGCUGCGAUAGAGAAGGUGAAGUCAGGCCAGGUGUGUGUGUUGCUCCUCUCCCCAGAGGCUCUGGUUGGUGGAGGUGGCUCAGGUUCAGGGUGUCUCCCCUCUGCUCAGGAGCUCCCUCCUGUGGCCUUUGCCUGUAUAGACGAAGCUCAUUGUGUCUCAGAGUGGUCACACAACUUUAGACCCUGCUAUCUGAGGCUCUGUAAGGUACUAAGAGAGCGUUUGGGAGUGCGGUGCUUGCUGGGACUCACGGCUACGGCCACACUGUCCACUGCUCUGGACAUCGCACGACAUUUGGACAUCACUGAUCAAGAUGGCAUUGCAGUCCGAUCUGCAGCGGUGCCUCCUAACCUGUCCCUGUCCGUGUCCAUGGAUAGAGAAAAGGAUCAGGCUUUAGUGUCCUUGUUGAAAGGUGAUCGCUUUGGUUGUCUGGACUCCAUCAUCGUCUACUGCACCAGAAGGGAGGAGACAGUUCGUGUGGCGGCGUUGCUCAGGACCUGCCUGCAGGGUGUGCUGGUGAAAGAAAACAAGCAGCCCAGCAGCAGCAGUCAGACACAAAACAACCCUGUAGGACAGAGAAAAAAAGAGCUGGCAAGGAAGAAGAUCCGUAAACCGCUGAAAUGGCAGGCGGAGUCAUACCACGCCGGCUUGUCGGCAUCAGAGCGCCGUCGUGUCCAGAACAACUUCAUGUGUGGAGAGCUCAGAAUCGUGGUGGCCACUGUUGCGUUUGGCAUGGGCCUCGACAAAUCAGACGUACGUGGUAUCAUCCACUACAACAUGCCUAAGAGCUUUGAGAGCUACGUUCAGGAGAUUGGAAGGGCAGGAAGAGAUGGAGAACCAGCACACUGUCACCUGUUUCUGGACCCUGAGGGUGGAGACCUCCAUGAGCUUCGUCGUCACAUCCACGCAGACACGGUGGACUACUACACAGUAAAGAAACUAGUGCAGAAAGUUUUCCCCUCAUGCAAAUGUAAACAGGUACACCAGAAACAACAGGAACUUGUAAAGGACAUUGACGACUCAGAGCUGCUGGAAAUGAUGGAUGUAUGUGAUCAGGAGAGCGGCAUGAACCCUCCCACUCAGCACAAUAUAGUACCACCAGCACCUUCUGCUGCACAGGAGACAUCACAUCCCCAUGCAGCAGAGCUACACCUCCGAGAAGGUGGAGCUGAAGGAAAGGAGGAGGAGAAAGAGGAGCAGACAGUUGAACACGAGGAAACUGAUGGUUUGAUGAAGCGUAAGGAUGUGGAAGUGAAAGGAGCCAGUGAUUGGCCGAGGGACCAGGAAGAGGAGAGCAGUGAUUGGCCCAAAGAGCGAGUGUGUCACACGCAUGAGAGAGCGAUUCCCAUCCAACAAACUGUGGAGACUCUUGACAUCACAGAGGAGGGUGUAGAAACACUGCUCUGCUAUCUGGAGCUGCAUCCCCAGCGCUUUGUUGAACUUCUCCACCCCACACUGUCUCUGUGUAAAGUCAGCUGCUAUGACGGACCAAGACAGCUCCAGAAAAUCACUGGAAUUUGCCCCCCAGUUGCUGUGGUGUUGGCCAGAAGGCGGAUGGCAGGCGAACGAGUGGAGACUUAUUCUGAACUGGAGUUUGAUGUUGUCGAGGUUGCGGACACUAUGGGAUGGCAGCUUCCUCUUGUGAAGAGAGGACUAAGACAGCUGCAGUGGAGCACUGGUAGCGCUGGUGGCCGUAGCGGUGUCCAUGUUGAAUUCUCCUCCAUAUCCUUCUACUUUCGUUCCUACGGUGACCUCAGCGAUGAGGAGCUGGACAGAGUUUGUCAGUUCCUCCAUAAUCGAGUGCAAAACCAAGAGAGAACACAGCUUUACCAGCUGACCGCAUGCUUCAAGGCCUUCAAAAGUGUCGCCUUCAACAGUGUGUCGUCCUGCCUUGACGAUUUAGAUGGAGGACGCAGCCUCCAGCUGAAAGGCCUUCUGUCCGAGUACUUUGACAAGAGGCGAGACGCCAGCCAAAUGCUCGCGCCUUUGGAUGCUGAGGAGCUCGACAAAUAUAAGUUGUUAGACUGGGAGAAUCAGAUCAGAGCGGACAUCAGAAGUUUCCUCUCCACCCGCAGUGAUGAGAAAUUUUCUGGACGAGCUGUUGCUAGAAUCCUGCAUGGCAUAGGGAGUCCUUGUUAUCCUGCUCAAACCUACGGCAGGGACAGACGCUACUGGAGGAAGUACAUACAGUUUGACUUCAACCAGCUCAUCAGGUUGGCCACACAGGAGAUCAUUCGCUUCAAGUGACCAUUUUGACUCACUCACGCACACGUGUUCUGCUUUUGGUGGGUUUGACCAGAAAUGUCUGGUUGUCAUUCUAAUACAAUUUUUUUUUUCAUAUUGACUUAUUUAACAUUUUGUACAGUGCAAAGUUUUUAUACUAUAUAUUAUAUAAAUAAUUUUUUUUGUUUGUAAGCUGUAUCUAAAUAAAAUCUAUUUUUC